UGGUGUCUUAUUGUUCCAGGCGUGGCUGCGGGACUGGGAAACAAGGACAGCUUAGCCGUUACAGAUUCAUCGUCUGCCAACUUUUUCUCGGGCGGAGAUCAUGGCAACAAAACCCAUCCGACCAGUGUUGGAAAAAUUAUACUAUCUCUUGUCAAUCGACAGCGAUGGAUCUGAAGCGUAGUUGCAAAACAACAUGAUGAACUGGCUCACAAUGGCUCAAGCGGUAUAUUCCUAAGACCUUUAGAGCCGUAAUCUCAAUUAUCACAGUGGCAAGAUAGGUUUAGCCGAUAUCGGGAAUAGGAAUCAGUUCAAUGACAGUCGAUGGUUACGCAAGUAGGACUCAAGGGCAGCUCGACUGGGGGGAAAUUCCUCUUCCUUGCUAAUUUUAUUUGGUUCGGCGGGGAUCAUCCGACCAGUGCUAGGAAAUGGCUCCGACACUCGCCAGUCAAUUAUGAUGGACCUGAAGCGUGUUCAUUAGUGGCAUGUAUACUAUGUAAUGCACUUUGUUUCUCGUGGCAGACAUGAUGGACUGGCUCAGGACGGCUCGAAUUGGCCAUCUCAUAGAUCUUUGCUGUCACAAUUCUCCAAUUUAACAAUAAAGGGGUUUCAUUCACCUCAUGUUUACAGUUUUACAGCAUAGGUCCAGUCCUUCUUAUGAUAUGGAGUAACCCCUGGUCUCGAAUACGGUAUAUCUGUUAUCGAACUUCUGU